AUUUUCACUCUCUCUGAGAGUCAGAGCCUCAACCCUUUGCUCCGAUAAGCCUCUCCGGCGACUCCGGCGGAGGGACUUAGGUCACAGUUAAAGGUAGAAAUCGGAAGCUUGCUCAGAAUCAAAUGGAGGGUGUGGGGUCCACGAGGCUGGGUCGGUCGUCGGCGAGGUACGGUCCAACAGCGGUGUUCAACGGGCCGGUCAGGAAGUGGAAGAAGAAGUGGGUGCACGUCUCGCCUCCAUCGACUGUUAGUCACCACAACUCCCUGUCCCACGGUCACAACGGAAACGGCAACAGCAGCAGCAUCCUCCUUUGCCGAUGGACCCCUCUCCCCUCCUCAGACUCCAUCUCCGGCGCCAUGGAGGAACCUCCAAAACGCAAGUUCCGCUACACCCCAGUUGCGGUUCUGGAAGAAGAGCGUAAAAGGGAGGUUACCAAACGGGUUGAGAAUGAAGCUAAGACGAAUGAGGCGAACCAGCCCUCAAGUUGGUUAUCAUCCAAGGGUGACAAGGUGAACAUCAACAAAGAUUUGAAGCAAGAAAUUCAGGAUUCAAACAUGGGUCACUUGGAUCUUGGAUUGUGUUUGAAAGGCCAAAAUGAAAAUGGCCAAAACAAAGAUCAGGCGAAGACAGCAGGCUCAGGUGCAUUCUGGAAGAUGGAUCAACAAUAAAUUCAGAUGCUGGGCUGUGCAAACUCGCCUUGUAAUUGUUUUCGUAGAAUAUAGUAUAUAUAUAGGCUUAAUCUGUGGCAGUUAGCACGUAAUGGUACCUGAUAUCACUCAGGUACAUCCUGGAAUAUUGUCUCUAAUCAAUGUCAUGCAAUGUAAUAAUGUGUUAUGUUCACCUAUCCAGCAGCUUUAUGUAAUAUGUUUAACACAACAGGGCAGUGGAGCACAAGAGUUAGCUUCUACUCUUUAUGAAUGUGUGUAUCAUAACUAUUACCAUACCAGUAUAAGCUCCAUUAAAAUUGAUUUAGAUAG